AUGGAGAAUAACCAUUUCCUCGUGCUCGGCGCUUCAGGUGCUAUAGGGAGCCAAUUCUGUAAGUUGGCUCUCGAGGCAGGCCAUACACUCACUGUCUUCGUGCGAAACACGAGUAAACUGCCAGCGCAACUUCGCGAUCACGACUUGGUAGCCGUGAUCGAAGGCACCCUAGAGGACGAAGCCUCAUUGGAAGAAGUUGCUCAAUGUGAUGCCGAUGCAUUCAUAUCAUUUGCUGGGCCACCCUUUGGAAACAAGGGAACACCCUUGACCAAAGGCUACAAAUCCCUCAUCCCUAAAUUGAUAUCCCAAAAUAUAAACCGCAUCGUCAUCCUAUGCGCCGCCUCAUUCCAUGGACCCGAAGAUCAAGUCUCCUUCAAAUGGCACCUGAGUCAUUGGACCUUGAAAGCGUUCAGUGCCGGUCAAUACAAGGAGAUCAUUGGCGUUGGGGAAUACGUGUCCUCGUUAUCAGUUGAUGAAGGUGUUCGAUGGACGUUGUUUCGGGUCGGAUUGUUGACGAAUAGCGAGGAGGCGGCGGUCGAAGACACGCAUUUGGGGAGUGGGAAGGAUGUGAUGUGGAUUAGUCGGGCGAGUGUGGCUGUGUGGGUGUUGGAUGAGGUCACGGAGGAGAAAUUUGUGGGGAAGAUGCCUUAUAUCUGUAAUUUGUAG